AUGAACAACCUCCUCCUUCCCCCCCCCCCCCCGUCUCCCUCUUUCCACACUACCCCUAACCCUUUCUCUUCGCCCUCCCCCGUGCCAGCACGCCUCCUCUUCGGUUGCGUUGCGUGUAUCUUGAGCAAGCACUGCGUGGAGGGCCUCGACGAGAUUCACACGCACACGCGCACACGCAGGCCGCCUCUUUCUUCGCUCCCUCGCAUCCGUCUUCGCCGUCGCUGCCCACCCACCCCCCCACCCCUCACGCCUGUGGCCAUCCUGCAGUUGGGUCAAAUGGUCAAGGAAACGGUCCUCUACGACGAGCUCGGCAUCUCACCGGAUGCCACGGAGCAGCAGAUCCGCUCUGCCUACCGCAGCAAGGCGCUCCAGUAUCACCCCGACAAGAACAACGGUGACCUGGCGGCGGCGGAGAAGUUCAAGAAGGUGUCCGAAGCCUACGAGAUCCUCAGCGAUGCGGACCGGCGCAAGCAGUAUGACACGUUCGGCCGCAACGGACCCGGCGGCGCGGCAGGCGGCAGCGGCGGCUUCCCCGGAGGUUUCGGGCAUGGCUUUGGUCCGGGGAUGGACCCGAUGGACAUCUUCUCCUCUUUCUUUGGUUUCCCUGCCGGUGGCGGCCCUGGAAAGUCGCAGCAGCAGCGGCCAGCGAAGCCGUCCUUCAUCUUGGUCGAGCUGCAGUGCUCCCUAGAGGAGCUCUACUGCGGGACGACGAAAGUGCUGCUGGUCCGUCGGCGACGUCGUUGUCCCACCUGUCAAGGCCACGGCACGUCGAACGGCCGACCCAGCCCGGUGUGUCCGCAGUGCAAGGGGAAUAAGACAGUCAUGAAAAGCCUCAGCUUCGGCGGCCUCAUGACGUACCAGCAGUGCCGCUGCGACCGCUGCCAAGGCCUUGGCAAGCUCCCGAUCCAGUUCCCAUGUGCACGAUGUGGACCAAUCUACGAUGCGCACCAGCGUGCGCAGCUAUCCGGCACCCUCCCCCGAGGCGUUGUUGAGGAAGAGAAGAAGAUGAAAGUCACGAUUGCGCCAGGCACGGAAGAUAGCGACGCGUUGAAUUACCCCGGCCAGGGUGAUGAGCUGCCUGGCUUUGACGCCGCUGGCGACAUACUCGUCGUCGUUGUGCAGCUGCCCCAUCCCCACUAUCACCGCCUGAACAGCACCGAUCUUCUACUUUCAAACUGUCGCUUGCCGCUCUGGUCUCUCUUCCGCGACGCCUUCUCGAUCCCUGUCGAGCUACUCGACGGCCGUGUGGUGCGUCUGGCAUCGCCGCUGCGGGAGGACAACGUGCCGCACUUUCUCUUCGACUCACACCACGUCUUUGUUGUGGAAAACGAGGGUAUGCCGCUGAAGGCACAAACGAAGGGCGGCGCGGCGGCCGAUGAGAGCGGUGACGGCAGCGGCUCGGCGGCCGGUGCGGCGCAUCUGAAGAAGGGGAAGCUGUACGUCUGCAUCAACGUUGUUUUCCCACAUUCGCUGACGCCAGCGCAGAUGGACGCCAUCACCAAAGUGCUUGGCGGCAGUGGCGAGUGCGACCGUGAUGCCAUUGCCGGGGAUGCAGACAGCGUAGUAACGCUGCAGCCGCACCACGGCCCGGCGCCGAGCUGGCACAGGGUGGAUGCGGAGGGUAACGCCUGGUACAAGCCCCGCACAGCGGCUGCCGCUAAGAGAAAGAAGCCGACCAGGGCGGCGUAA